GUUUUACUGCUUACAUAAACUCCGACAUUUUGAAGACAAAACAAUUACCAUGAAUACAGUAACCGUGCUUUAUUGACAUGUUCUUACCGACAUCUCACUGAGUUUGUGACACAAAGCUGAGCAGCGGAAGAGGAAACUGGUGGAAAAUAAAUGGUAUCACUUGAGUGCACAACAACAUCUUCCUCGUGUCCCAGGAAGAUCUUCUUCACAGAGAGGAUUAUGACUGAUGGGAUCAUACAGUGUUUAUGGAGAUGAUGACGCACAAUCACUCGCACACACACAAACACACACAUACACACACAAACACACACACAGACACACACAAACUCACACAUUCUCUCUCACACACACAGACACACAAACAAUCACACACCCUCUCACACAGACACACACACACACACACCUGCAGCAGCUUCACCAAGCUCCAAUAGAUUCAGCAUGCCUGACUUCGAUGUCAUUGUCCUGGGCACAGGGCUCAAGGAAUGCAUCCUGUCCUGUCUGCUGUCCAUCUGCGGGAAAAAGGUUCUUCACAUUGACCAGAACCCGUAUUAUGGAGGAGAGAGUGCCUCCAUCUCACCUCUGGAGGAGCUUUAUAAGAAGUUCCAGGUUCCGGGGCCUCCUAAAGGAAUGGGACGAGGCAAAGAGUGGAAUGUUGACCUUAUUCCAAAGUUUAUGUUUUCUAACGGACAGCUGGUGAAGAUGCUGUUGUUUACGGAGGUGACGCGGUAUUUGGACUUCAAAGUCAUCGAGGGCAGUUACGUGUUCAAAGGGGGAAAAAUUCACAAAGUUCCCAUCACAGAGGCAGAUGUCCAUGCUUCAGAUUUGAUGGGCAUGUUUGAUAAGAGAAGGUUCCGGAAGCUUCUCCUCUUCAUCCUGAACUUUGAGGAGCAUGACCCCCGCACGCACCAGGACAUGGACCCGCACCGGACCACCAUGAUGGAUGUGUUCCGCCAUUUUGAUUUGGGUCUGGACGUAGUAGAGUUUGUUGGACAUGCAUUGGCUCUGUACAGCUCUGACGAUUAUCUGGACCAGCCAUGUCUGCAGACCAUCAAGCGGAUUCGGAUGUACUCGGAGUCUGUGGCUCGGUACGAUCACAGUCCUUAUCUGUAUCCACUGUAUGGACUCGGGGAGCUUCUGCAGGGCUUUGCAAGGCUGAGUGCUCAGCAUGGAGGCACAUACAUGUUGAACCGCCAUGUUGAUGACAUCAUAAUGGAGAAUGGUAAAGUAGCAGCUGUGAAAUCUCAGGAAGAGCUUUUCCGAUGUAAGCAGCUCCUGUGCGAUCCCAGCUACGUCCCCAACCGGGUGAAGAAAGUGGGGCGGGUCAUUAGGGUCAUCUGUCUGCUGAACCAUCCAAUCAAAAACACUCACGAUGCCAACUCAUGCCAGAUCAUCAUACCUCAGACUCAGGUGCACAGGAAAUCAGAUAUCUACGUGUGUUUGAUGUCCUUCACUCACAACGUGGCUCCUGAAGGGAAGUACAUUGCUGUAGUGAGCACCAGCGUGGAGACGAGUAACCCGGAGAAGGAGGUGCAGCCCGGACUGGCACUGCUUGAACCUAUCAUGGAGAAGUUUGUCUCCAUCAGCAACGUCAUGGUUCCGUCAGAUGAUGGGAGGCGGAGUCAGGUUUUCGUGUCGCGCUCCUACGACGCCACCACACACUACGACAUGGAGUGUGAGGACAUUAAGGAUCUUUUCAAGCGCAUGACAGGGACAGAGUUCAGCUUCAAAGAUUUCCGCAGAGAGUGUGAGGUCGACACAGACGAUUAAAGCAUACACACACACACACACACACACAAAGUCGUGCACACACAAACACACUUUUUAAAAAAAUUGUUCUAAUAAA